GUGUAAACAGGAAGAAGCUGGAAGAAACUACGGCAAAUACAACGGGAAGACAAAUUGACAUCCACCGAAAAACGGAAUAUUGAUCUUAUUUUGUGUAUGAGUGCGUUAACGGAAAUUAUGUAGCAUAUUACUUGAUAUUUAUUAGAAUCGAGACGCUGAGCAUUUGUUGGAAUUCUGUCGAUAACAUUUGCUAGCUGUAGCUGUUCCUAGCUUCGGCAGCCAGCGUUAUAAAACACGGUAUAGAGCUAAAAUUCGCCUCCUUUUUGCAAGUCGACCAGAUGGUCUACUAACCCCCUAACUUGCGUAUCGGGUCAGGAUUUUCUUGUAAGAAUCGUUUUUGUCUCCAUCACCAGCUGUAUCCGAUAGUAUUGCUAGCAGCUCUAGAAUUUAAUUAGAAAAUGGUUCAGAAAGACAAGAAGUUGGAGCCGAGUCAGGUCGAGGGCGAGCCGAACCCCAGUCCAGUCUCCAACGAUGCUUGUGCCGAAGCUCCCGGACCGGUCGAAGAACCGAGCAUUGGAGUUGAGCUGACUGGUCAAAGAAAAUUCAUCAGUGGAGUGGUGGAAGGUUUCUAUGGCCGUCCAUGGACAAUGGAACAAAGAAAAGAGCUGUUUAGAAGGCAACAGAAAUGGGGUCUGAACACCUACCUCUAUGCCCCUAAAGACGACUACAAACACAGAAUGUUCUGGAGGGAGAUGUACUCUGUAGAAGAAGCAGAACAACUCAUGACCCUGAUCAGUGCCGCUAAGGAGUAUGGGAUAGAGUUCAUAUACGCCAUCUCGCCCGGUUUAGACAUCACCUUCUCCAACCUGAAGGAGGUUUCCACCCUCAAGAGAAAGCUGGAUCAGGUCUCUCAUUUUGGCUGCAAGUCUUUCGCCUUGCUGUUUGACGACAUCGACCACAACAUGUGCCCUGCCGACAAGGAAGUGUUCAGCUCCUUCGCACAUGCUCAGGUGUCGCUCACUAACGAGAUCUUCCAGUACCUUUCUGAGCCAGAGACCUUUCUCUUCUGCCCCACAGAGUACUGUGGAACCUUCUGCUACCCUAACGUCUCGCAGUCGCCCUACCUCCACACCGUGGGAGAGAAGCUCCUCCCAGGGAUAGAGGUGCUCUGGACAGGACCCAAGGUGGUGUCGAAGGACAUCACGGUGGAGUCCAUCGAGGAGGUGUCGAAGAUCCUGAGGCGGGCGCCAGUGAUCUGGGACAACAUCCACGCCAAUGACUACGACCAGAAGAGGCUGUUCCUGGGGCCCUACAAGGGCCGCUCCACGGAGCUCAUCCCCAGGCUCAAGGGAGUCCUCACCAACCCCAACUGCGAGUUUGAGUCCAACUUCGUGGCCAUCCACACACUGGCCACCUGGUACAAGUCCAACAUGAACGGCGUACGGAAGGACGUGGUCAUGACUGAUGGAGAGGACAGCACCGUGUCCAUCCAGAUCAAGCUGGAGAACGAGGGCAGUGACGAGGAGCUGGAGACCGACAUGCUGUACAGCCCACAGCUGGCCCUCAAGCUUGCCCUCAACGAGUGGCUGGGAGAGUUCGGCGUGCCUCACCAGUACAACAGUCGCCAGGUGCCUCACAGCGGAGCCAAAAGUUCAGCCAUAGACGUGACCUCCAUGGGCGCCUCCUCCCUCUGCUCCGCCACCACGGUGACCACUGUGUUCCAGCAGCCCAUAAUGUCCCCUGUGGCCCCCUCCCUCUGCCCGGACCCACACUCCCACCCUUUGACCAAGCCCCGGGCGGAGGAGGUGGAGGAGGUGGAGGUAGAGAAGAAAGACUCGGACGAGGAGCCCAUGGAGAUGGCCGUGGAGAAACAGGACGAGGCUGGGGCAGAGGUCGACUCCGAGGCCAAGACCUCCAGCCCCCUGCUGUCUGAGAAGAUGUCUGAGGACCUGAGGCCCAUGGACACAGACAAGGAGAGCCUGGCCGAGUCCAAGUCCCUGGAGGAGUGCCUACAGGAAGACUCGGGCAGUGACGUGGCUCCCAUGCAGACCGAUGAGCAGCUAAAACAGGAGGUGUUUGUGCCUGGACCGGGAGAGAAAGCUCGCUUCAUGGUGGAGCCCCUGUCCCUGGAGGACCUCAGCCUGCUGGCUGAGAUGUUCUACCUGCCCUACGAGCAUGGGCCCAAGGCCAUGCUCAUGCUCAAGGAGUUCAACUGGCUCCGGGCCAACAGCAACACCGUCAGCGUCAACUGCAAGGGCGAGGAGCCGGAGAAGGUGGCAGAGUGGCGGACCAGGGCCGAGACGUUUGAGGAGAUGUGCUGCUCCGUGAUCCAGAUGUUCACCCGUCUGUCCAACUCUGUCAACCGCACCAUCCUGUACGACCUGUACCCAUACAUCUGGGACAUCAAGAGCAUCGUCUCCAUGGUCAAGUCUUUCGUCCAGUGGCUAGGGUGUCGUAGUCAGACCUCAGCACAGUUCCUUAGUGGAGACCAAGAGGCCUGGGCCUUUAGGGGCGGUCUAGCAGGAGAGUUCCAGAGAUUGUUGCCUAUAGAAGGGGCAAACGAUCUUUUCUACCAGCCUCCACCUUCAAUGCCAACCUCCAAAAUCUAUUCCAUACGGCCCUACUAUCCCAAGGAUGAGCCUGCAGUCUAUAAGAUUUGCAAGGAGAUGUAUUCUGAAGGGAUAGAGGAGGUUCCGUUCUCCGAACAGGAGCCAGACCUCAUAGGAGACAGGCUGGUGGGAGGAUUCCUGACCCACAGCCCAGACUACGGCUUCGUCCUGGAGGAUGAAGAGGGGAUCUGUGGCUACGCCCUGGGCUCCCUGGACGUCAAGCCCUUCGUCAAGACGUGCAAUAUGAGCUGGAUCCCCUCCAUGCAGGAGAAGUACAACAAGCCCGACUGCCAGAAGGAUCUGUCCGAGGCCGAGAAGAUGAUGCUGAGUUUCCACGAGGAAGUGGAGGGACUUCCGGAGACCUUCCUCUCCAACUUCCCCUCCCUCAUCAAGGUCGACGUCCACGCCAAGGUCACUGACCCCAGCGUGGCCAAGAGCAUGAUGGGAUGCCUACUCUCGUCAAUCAAGGCCAAUGGCUCCCACGGCGCGUUCUGCGAGGUGCGCCAGACAGAUAAGCGGAUGCUGGACUUUUACAGUAAACUGGGCUGCUUCGAGGUGGCCAAGAUGGAGGGCUUCCCAAAAGACGUGAUCAUCAUGGGUCGCAGCCUCUGAGAGUGCCCCCUAGUGGAACUGAUGGAGUGUACAGAGAAAGAAACGGCGAGAGGGGGAGGGAGGGGGGGGGGGGGCGCUCGCCUGCCACCCGUACCAUCCAUGAGGGUUUUUCUACCACAUGAUCAUCAGGGCCAGCCCGAGGGUGGCCAGGUUUUCGAAGCUUGGUCAUCCCUCAAGGCCCAAGGUGCUUUCCAUAGAUGUUCUGGAGCUCCUCUGGAUCCACUAGGUCCAGGAGCCCAGGGGUUCAUCUUCAGCAGGCUGUCAAUGAGUCCUGUCUGUGCGUGUAUGUGUAUUUGUGUGUUGGGGAUUAGAGCCGAGAUGGAGGAGAGUUUCCCUCCGUGAUUGGGCGUUAGAAUGGAGCAGGAGGCGACUACUCCCCCAUGCGGCUCCAGAUAGCAGGAGCUGGCCUAGGCUCCUCCGGCUCCUUUAGCCUUCAACCCCUUCACCUUCCCUCCCUCCACCAGCCCAUCUACACCACACCACAGGGAACCAAGAAAUUGAUAGAAAGGCCGGCCUAUAGUCUCCAACGAGCGCUUACCACUCUACCUGACACACAGGUGUUCCCCAGCUUCUCACAUCGGAGCCAGCCCUGUAGCACUCUGGUCGGGGGCGCAGGGCUGUGUGGGGAGGGAGGGAAAGAGGCCCCCUAGUGCAAGACUGCAGGACAGCAGCAGGAAGGACAUUUCUGAACUUGAUUACUGGCACUUGUGUUCCUUAAGUUCAUCCAUGGGGGGAGGGGUGUAAAAACAAAAACAAACAUCUUCGGUUUUCCAGGAGACCCACACGCCUGUAGAAGGAAGUGUUAGUGGAGACGACUGACGACCAGAGGAACCUGCCUCUGGGUCCGUCUCCACCUGGAUAGAAGUAGCCUAGUCCAUGGAUCUACACGGUUCUCAGCUUUUUUGUUUGUGUAUUUGUUUUGUGUAUUGCUUUUCAGUUGAUAUAUACUGUAUAUUGAUAUACUAUACAUAUAUGGCCUUUUGGUUCAUUGCCUUGCAUGUGUUUAAUGUCCUACUAGAGAGCCUGGUGUUACUCUUUCUUGUCUGUCAGACUGGAAGUUUGUCUGUCAGACAGUCAGCUGGAGUUGGGGGUUAAGGGUUAGUCUGCCCUGUGUCUGCUCCUUCUCGGACGAGUGGCUCAAUGUCCAGCCUCCUUGACGGCCCUUAGUACACUGUAGCACGCAAAUCAAAACAGCAACAGAUAUCCCAACCUAAUGCACAGGUAAUGAAUCCCUGGGUUUGGUUGAGCUUCAACCAGAGACACUGAGUAAUAUUAGCCUCCCUGGAUCCAUCUCCAUAGUUUCAACACUAGCUUCACUCCACCAUAGCCUACCAGCUCAUCUUCCCGACCUUUCUUGGCCAAGGAUAAGGGGAACGUCCUACUACUAUCCCCAGAAGGUCCCUGGGUGCCUGUGCUGGAUCCAGCAUACAGCAUGUCUACAAUCCAGCUAGAUAAACAGCACGCAGAGAGCAUUCCCCUACCAUGCUGAGUAAAGACGAUUAUCUGUUCUGGACAUUUAUAUUUCUACCUGUUACUUGUGAGUAGACGUCCUUAUUCUGGUGUAUAGCAACAUACCUCUGUGCUUAGGUCACAUCCGCCUAUCACCAAAGUGGCACCGACCUGCAGGGGUGUGUGUGCGGAGGAGGCUUUUUUGUAUCUUAAUUGUUCAAUGUUUUGUACUCAAAACGUGUUUUCUCCUCGUUUUUGCUUUGUUUGUUUUUUGUAAAUCUUGAAGAUAGUAAAAAGCACUUUGAUGAAGAUGAUUAUUACAGGAAUGUUCUUGUUUGUUACCUGAGAGGCUGCCCUGCCGUGUCCUCUGUGUACAGUCGCUGCCUGACAAUGUGAUGUAUUUGAUACUGUAGCCCAGAGUCCUCCAUACACGAGGACUGUGCCAAUGAGUGGUCCAUUCUUUUUUUCUUUUUUUUCAAUUUGUUCACUGUUUAGUUCCCUGUUUUUUUAGAAGCUUUACUAGGGGAACUCUUGUUUGGUGUAACAUUCUCGAAGGAAUGCUUGCUUUGUUUCAUAUUCUAAAAGGAACAGUUUGAUCCUCCAGUGCUUUCAUCGUCACCUCUUCAUAGAGAGGUGUAGAACAUCUGCCUAUAUGCUCAUGGUAUGCACGAUGACAGUUUGUUUUAGAAUAAAGUCAUUUUAGUCCACAUAGGGGGAAUUAGAAGUAUGGUUGUCAACCUCUAAGCCACAAUGCCUGUGUGCGCCAUAAUUUUUUUAAUUUACAAUAAAUUUACUCAACCAUG